AUGAACGAGCAGUACAGUCAGUUUCUUCACACAAUGUCAUCGGCGGUCUAUCUGCCCACGAGCCCCGACGAGAUGGGUCCAUACUUCAUGCCCGGACUUCCCCUACCAUUUUCAACCCCUCCAAUGCAAUCUCCACAUCCCUCGCAUGGAAAUGGAUAUUUCGCGGGAUACACCCAAGGCUCUGUUAUCAAUGUGUCCAAGCCAAGCAAGAGCCGGCGGCGCUCAGCUGCAAGCCAAGGGGGGAACGCAGACCAGGUGAAGCAUCGCAGGACACGAUCCGGCUGCUAUAUGUGCCGGAGCCGCCGAGUCAAGGCAAGUCAAAAAAGCAAAAGGGCCUCAGGCCAUUCAACGGCUACAAGGCCAAGAGAAGGGUCAUCCACCCAGCAUAUAAGCCCCGCAUCUUCUAACGAUGUUGAAGAAGAAGAUACGGAGCAAGAAGCAAGGCUGGGGACUAUUCCCGAUGACGACGAACCCGAUGUGCCGCCCAGGCGAACGUCGAUGUCUGAAGGCCACAAGAGCGCAUCACCCUCGACCUCAACCGCAACGACAGGAAGCUGGACGCCCGCUGGCUACCAAGGAACGGAAACGACUAUGCUGGGGAGCGGAUCUUCGUCCGCGCCAGGACUGCCGCAAGAUCUUCGAAGUUAUCUCCUGUACUUCAGGGAAAAUAUGACAAACUACCACUACGGUCUGGCGGUUGACGAAGACGACUUUUUCAAUAGUGAGCUCCCAACUGUCGCACUGCAAUGCGAGCCACUGCUCAAUGCUCUUGUUGGGUUUGCCGCGUAUCACAUCACUCUACGAAAUCCAAACGGAGAGCUCAAAGACUUUCUCCAGUACUAUAACAAGGGCGUGACCCAGUUGCUGAGGCUUUUAAAGAACGGGACGUGCAAUGUCCACGUGCUGUUGACAAUAUUGCAACUCGCCACUAUCGAGGAGUACCUUGGAGACUGGGUGAAUCUUAUGGGGCACCAGAAGGCCGCAUAUGAAGUUCUAAUUCAGCUCUACACCCCACAGACGGUGAUGGCGACCUCGAUAGGCCGAAUGUGCCUUAGCUGGUACGCUCGAUUCGAUAACAUCGUUGCUCUGAUGGGUCGAAUUCCCACCGAGAUACCCCGCGUAUGGUUCACAAACAUGAUUUCGUAUUAUCAGACUCAGAUGGCGUCCCACCCCAAGGAAUUGCGUUGGAGGAUCGAAGACCGCUCUGCUCGCCUGCGCCUCAUCUCUUGGGACAUGUCCAGCUUGUAUGCGCGUGGGAGCGCACAAACAAUCUCGAAGGAUGAUUACGCCAACGAGCACAACAUGUUGAGCGCGCAGCUUGAGGAAUGGAAGGCAAACUGGGAUCCUUUACUUUGCGACCAGCAGUUUCUCGUUACCGACUUCAACUGGCGACUACCGCUGAACUCGGAUGACAUAGUUGAUCCAUACCGUCCCGGCUUGCUCUACGACCAUCCCCUUUUCAACAACACGAUCAUCACAAUGGAGUGGCAUAGCAUUGUCAUUAUGCACAAAACUCAGUCUCCCGACAUCUCCAAUCUGGCUGCGGACCUGGCAACUCACUCGUUUACCGUGUGCGAGAUCUUUGAGUGUUUGGAAUUCUGGCCAGAUCUACCACCCGGAACAUUGAUAGCGGUGCAGCCCUGUUUGGCGAUUGCAGCGCUUUUCUUGCCACAUGAACCGAACAAUAAUAUGUGGCUGAGGCGGAAGUUUGCCCUUUUAGAAACUCAGGGACAUAUCAACCCUGUAUCUCGCCGUGAGAAGAUGGCCCAGGUCUUCAACGACCCUUCGUGCGUCCGGUGGUGGCUCCCUAACGACGAAUUCUUCACGCCAAUUCUUCAAAGUAUCAGGGCCUUUGCGGACGAUCGAAAUGCCAAGGCGUUGAACAUGCAGCAAGAGUCAAUACGCGAGGUGAAACACCUUUUUGAUAAACUCUCCCUUUAA